CCGACCAUCAGACCGCUUAAGAAACCCACCGCGCGCAGACAGCGGUAGCCUGUGAAUUGAAAGGAAAUAAAGGAAGGUCUCUUAAAUCCAUGGAAGAAUAAACAGAAAAACAGUUUUGAGGGAAAAUCCGCAAUCACUUUCUAACACUGCUAGACGCCAUAUUGACAGCGAAAAUGCAAACGGAGAGAACAUGAAUGAGCACACAAAUGCCACAGUAAAGAGAAAAUGCAAAAUUAAAUUAGUGCGCUUAGACAUUCCUUUUGAUUUAUUUAAAUUUUUUCAUUGUAAUUCAUAUUAUUUAAAUUCAAAUUAUGUUUAUUCGUGUUAAAAAAUGAAGUUACUUCGUGCUAAAUAUAAAGUGCAAGUGCAAAGUGUUGAAAAAAGUGCAAAAAUUUAUGUAUGAAAGUAAACGUAAGCCAUAAAAUAUUUCGAAGGGAGGAAGCCAAGCACCAACGGCCAGUUACAACGGGUGUGGAGCUUAGCUGAGCAACAACAAAGAGAAUAACUGCUUUUUUAGUUAUAAGCGGGCUGUGUGCACAUUGGGCGGAGCACAUAGUGGCAGUUAAUACAGCGCAAGUACAUAUAUUGCGACAAAAUGUUCUCAAAGAAGAAGAAGAAACCACUGAUUUCUAUGCCAAGCAAUUUUGAGCAUCGCGUGCAUACGGGAUUUGACAAACGUGAGGGACGUUAUGUUGGUUUACCGUUACAAUGGGCUUCCAUUGUUGGCAACAAUCAAAUACUAAAGUCAACAAAUAGGCCACUACCUUUAGUGGAUCCCUCCGAAAUAACACCGACGGAAAUUCUUGAUCUUAAGACAAUUGUGCGACCGCAUCACAAUAACAACAAAGCGGAUACGACCUCAUUAAAUAGCAGCAUUGCACCGAAUGCUAGUGGAGCGUUGGGAAAUCACCAAACCGCGCAUGCGCACUACUUCACCGAGCAUAACAAUACGGCAAAUGCUGCAGGUUCGGCAACAGGUGGCAUUAGCCACAACACAGGUGGUAUUGUGCUACCGAAAACGUCACAUGUAGCCCGCUCUAAUUCUUUGCGCAGCUCCAGCCCGCCCCGUGUACGACGGGAUUUGCGUGGCAACGCCAAUGUACCGCCGGCAGUGCCUGAAGAAAGUGGAUCAACUACUGCGCCCACGCCCGUGCCAGCCCAAACAAUUGGUUACGGUGGCUACAAACCCCCAAGCAAUGGUCCUGCGACAAAUGUAUCAACAGCUGGAACGGCAGGCUAUGGUAUGUACUCGCAACAUAAUACACAGAACGGGGGCGGUCAUGGACCACUUGCAGUACGCACCGAUUUUAUAGCGAGUCAACAACAACAACAUCCUACACAGCCUCAAUCAUCGCUCGGCAACCCGACAGCGAUGACUGCCUUACAUUACCGCACCGCACCACCUCCUCACCAUCUUGCGGGAGGUGGGCAGCCACAACAGACUUCUCCAGUAGGAUCAGUAGCUAGUGGGACACGUUCGACGCACUCACAUGCCUCAUCGGCGCACACACAUCCACAUAACAACAACAAUGGUGGCAGUGGCUUUGCACCAUAUCAACCUGGCGCCAUACAAUCCGCACAACAUGCUGCGAAACAUUUAGGAGCCGGUGGAGACCAAAAUCAAAAUCCACACCAUACACAUCCGCACUUGCAUGCAAAGUCAGCGUCGCGCGCAUCUAGUUCAAGUGGUGGUGCGAGCGGCGUGGGUAGUGCAGUCGGCGGGGCCAGUGGCCUAGGCGUUGCGCCGCCCCCUAAACAGGAACAGAGGCUGACACAUGAACAGUUCCGUGCCGCUUUGCAAAUGGUUGUUUCGGCUGGUGAUCCUCGUGAAAACCUAGACAACUUCAUGAAAAUAGGUGAAGGCUCUACAGGCACAGUGUGCAUAGCUACUGACAAAUCAACAGGUCGUCAAGUGGCUGUUAAAAAAAUGGAUCUACGCAAACAACAACGACGUGAACUGCUUUUCAACGAAGUGGUCAUUAUGCGCGACUAUCACCACCCGAACAUUGUGGAGACCUACUCAAGUUUCUUAGUAAACGAUGAGCUCUGGGUCGUCAUGGAGUAUUUGGAGGGCGGUGCGCUCACCGACAUUGUCACACAUUCACGCAUGGACGAAGAGCAAAUCGCUACAGUGUGCAAACAAUGCCUGAAAGCAUUGGCCUAUUUGCAUUCACAGGGCGUUAUUCAUCGAGACAUCAAAUCCGACUCCAUACUACUAGCUGCGGACGGUCGAGUCAAACUCUCAGAUUUCGGUUUCUGUGCGCAAGUCUCGCAGGAGCUACCGAAACGUAAAUCACUCGUUGGCACACCGUAUUGGAUGUCACCCGAGGUAAUAUCGCGUUUGCCAUACGGUCCCGAAGUCGAUAUCUGGUCACUCGGCAUUAUGGUCAUCGAGAUGGUGGACGGCGAGCCGCCCUUCUUCAACGAACCGCCGCUACAGGCGAUGCGACGCAUACGCGAUAUGCAACCACCGAAUUUGAAGAAUGCUCACAAAGUCUCACCACGACUCCAAUCGUUCUUGGAUCGCAUGCUGGUACGUGAUCCGGCACAGCGUGCCACUGCCGCGGAACUGUUGGCGCACCCAUUUCUGCGACAAGCGGGGCCACCAUCGCUCUUGGUGCCCUUAAUGCGCAACACGCGGCAGCAUUGAGAGAAAGCAGUCUUGCGCCUACAAAUGCAAAUUGAAUAUAUAUGCAAGUAAAACUUAAUUUAGUUAGCGCUACAUCAUUAUCAUUAACUACACAAAGUAAACACAAACUCCCACACACACACACAUGCAUAGCCAUACACAUAUACAUACAUACCUUCAUGUACAAGCGCUAACAUUUCGGCAACUACUUAAUACGCGAACGAAUUUAAGUAUUACUCAAGCAACAUUUGAAAUUAUUUAAUUACUAUAUGUACCGUUAGAAGCGAAUAUUUAACUCUUAACCAUUGUUUAUGCUUUUAAGUUUUGUUUUGAAGUGGUUAAGUUUAUAAAUCCAAAUGUUUUUUUUUGUUUUGUUAAACAUUAUUGGCUUAACUUCCUUUCUGCCACACAUAGACACAUCCACACACGCACAGACAUUUUUUUUUUUUACAUAUAUACAUGCGCACUCGCAUUUUUGUUGUGUCCUUAAUACAGUCAAUUGUUUGUUAAUAUGUCCUAAAACAAAAACAAAAAGAUAUUGCUAAUCCAUCAAAGAUACAGUUUUAUUGUAUCCACUAAUUACAUAAGUCCUUAAAACGUACACAAAUGGCAGCUAAAAAACAUACACGAAUCGAAUAUUUUAUAUUGCUUUCAUAUAAAUAAUUAUGUAAUUUAAAAAUAUAUACAUAUGUAUAUGUACCAAUGUACAUAUUGGAAUUAAAAAUUGCAGUGAAAAAAGUAAAUUGAGAUAAAAACAAAAUAAUAUAAAAGAGCACUUCCAAAAUUUAUAGUAAACAAAAAAAUUUAAUUAAAAAACAAAAAUUUUGCUUAACUGCGACGAAUAACAAACAAACGUAAAAUGUAAAUAACUCAAAAAGGAAACGAUAAAAAAACUUUCGAAAAUAAUGCGAUCAUAAGAGAGGAAUAUAAUGGCGUAAAAUUCAUGAAAAUUACAAUAUAUUAACAAUAAGAAUGAGAAAAGAUCUUUAAAUUUUCAAAACAUGCUAAUACUAAAUUUUUUGAAAUUCUUAAUUUUUGCUGAAAAAUAUUUUUGUUUUUCAUAUUCCUUUUUUUUGUGUAAAAAAAAUUUUAUGUAACUAAAGUGAAAACCUGAUAAUGUGAGCUUUUUUCAAUUAUUAUUUUUUACUUGAAGAAAUUUUGUUGUAACUAAAGUGAAAAUGCUUAAAAACCUGAUAAUGUGCGCUUCCCCAAAAUCAAGUAUUUUUUAACAUUUCAAAUACUUUUUUAUUGGCUUUUAGAAGUAUUACAAUGCAACAAAAAAUUUGAACCCAACAUUCCAAAAAAUAUGGACACAUUUUUGACAAAAAAGAACAAAAAGAAAACCCCUGUACAUUCCUUUUCGAAAGAAAUUGCAACCGCGCUUCGUUUUAUUCUACAUUUUUUUUAUUGUAAUUUGUUGUGAAAUCAUUAUAUGAAUGUGCGGGAUUCAAAAUUUGUGUAUUCUAUAAGAAUGCACACAAGCGUUUAAAUGUCGAAGUACAUUUUGUAUAUCAAUUAUUGCUUAUAUAUAUAAUAUAUAUUUAACAAUAUACAUACAUAACUAAUAUAAUAUAAAAAUAUAAAUAUAAAUACAUAGACAUACAAGCAAGUAUGCAUAUAAUAUCUACAUACAAACAUCGAAUAAAUAUGACGUAGGUUUUAGUUUCUGUUAGCAAAAAAAUGUGAAAAUGUGUAAAAUGUUACGUUUUUUUUUAUUUUUGUUGUAAAGCAACAUAAAAUGUAUAAGCUAAUGAUUUAAAGGGAAUAAUUUUUGAAACAAUGCAUAUUAGUGAGUCAAUGUGAGCACUUCUUUUAUUUUCGAAAAUUCGAACUUACAAAAAUGUUCCACAAAAAUAAUAUUAAUAUACACCAUAACUUAAAAAAAAACUAAUUAGAUAAAAAUGGAGACUCACUUGGCCUGAAUUUUAAUUAUUGAAGCAUUAAAUGCUAACUACAAUUAAUUAAUAUUUUAUUUCAUAAAGUAACAAAUGUUAUUAAUACUGCCUGCACAUUUGAAUGUAAAUUUUAACUCAUAAACACCGCGAACCAAAGGUCACAUGUUCGAAAAUUCGAUUUUUUUUUUUAAUUUUCACUGAAAGUAUUUCACUAACCGUCACUUUGAUAUGUUCGAAAAUUCGAAGUUUAAAAUUGCAAUAUUUUCAAAAUAUUUAAAAACACAUUAAUUGAAAGAAACGCAAGCUUAAUUGUAAAAAUUAUUAAUUUCCAGCUCUGCUUCAUUGUUAAAAUUUAUUCUUGUACAUUUUAAAAUUUGUAUGUAAUAACUUUCUAAAAGACUCUUUUUUUCGAAAAUAGUAACGAACAGUAUGUUCGAAAAUUCGAAAUUGUAAAAUGUACGCGUAGAUUUAAGUUAUUUUUUUUAACCAAUGUUUGGAAGUGGACUCCGGAUUGAUGCCGCAAUCGUAUAUACCUCCCAGCCCUCAGCGAGCAAAAUUCUCUUUCGUUUUCUGUACACAAUACAAGGUUCAGCAAAAGGAUUCUCAACUCUCUCUCCUGCAGUAUGUAAGAAUACAGAGAUCGCGUUUGCAACAUUUAGACGACGCGCUGCUCCUUAUAUCGUAAAUUCAACUCAGUCGCACACAACAUCCACAACACCACAUCUUCAACUUGAUAUACUGGCAACAUAUAGAGGCUUCGGUCGAUCUGUGGUAACCUACACUGCUCCAACUUCUAAGACGGAAGCUAGUAAAAUGCCGUGGUGAAACUUCCAAAACUAAUUCAAGGCGCUACUCCUCUCACUACCACUGAAUGACGUCCACUUAUGUCAUCUGAACACAUCUCGUGGGAUCUGGGGUUCUUCUAUCCAGGUAUCUUCUACUAGCCACUGCGGCAGUCAUCUCAUCUACUGUGCAAUCCAUCACAAAGUCUAAUAGAGGAAUUUUCUUCGUUUGAAAGGAAAAAUACAGUACUCUUGAAGACUUUUCCAUUGGCUUGCUGACAAGAGAGAGCUACGAUCAGCCUGUAAUAAAUUAUGAAGCUCAUUUUUGAUUCGCGGGAACAAAAGAAACGCCGUGUAGAAACUGAAUGACCAAACGCAGUGUCAGUUUUGGUGGACUACUAAGCCUACCUCUCAAUGUCUGACGUAGAUCUUCUACAAAAAAAAUGCAAGAGAUAAUGUGGGUUUCAAAUAAUGCUGUAUUUCUCUUUUCAAUUCUCUAAGAAAUUCUGAAGAAAUAUGUUUUGGUAACCCAGAAGGAAAUACCUGGAUAGAAGUACAAGUUCUGAUGAUAAAGGAGUGGGCCAGCAAAGAAAGCCGCAUAUUGAGAGGUGUAGCGAUUUCUCCACGGUAUAUCACUAGUUCCCCUUAUCCAAUUGGAGCAUCACCCGUUACCACAGACCCCCCGAAGCUUUUAUAUGUUGCCAACAAACAGGGGGGGGUGGACGAUGUGUCGCUCUUGAAACAAUGUUUUGUAACGCGUUAGUCACUCCCUCCCCUUUCACUUGGGGUCAUUUUGGGAAAGCGCCCCCUAAUUGACUAGCUUGCAACGUAUACAGUCAUCGAUCGAAUUAUAGUAAACAAAGCUGAGCCCGUUUGUACUUCGGGAACCAGUAAAACGACGUAGUGAACCCUCUAGAGGUUACCCAAAACGUCGCCCCUCUCACCUCCACUAAAAGAAUACCUACGUUCCUUUGGUUUCCGCGUUGCGUUGUAGCGGUUUUGUUUAUUGUAGACUUCGAUGCUUCAGUUGCAAAUAACCCUCACUUGAUAAUGCGUUCUUCAAAUGAAGCUCUUCCCCUCUCUUCAGUGUCGUGACAAAAGGACGCUGGUGGCGGUGAGAAGAGCUGUGCUUUUGUCAAUCUAGUGGUUCCUUCUCGCCAUUUUACUGGUGUUCCCGGCUUCCAAAGACCAAACGCUGAAAGCAUAGGUUACUGCAAACCGAUCGAUGCCUUUAUACGAGGCUAGCAAAGUAAUGGGCGCAGGCGCUCUCCCAAGAUGACAAAAACUAGGCGCGUUCCAACGAUGGCCACGUGCUGUGUAUCCACACGGCUUCUUGGAGGAGAGGAAAUGUGUACGUAUGUGGCAUCAACCUUGGUGAAAGCACAUGUGCAGGCAGGAUAAACUGUUUGACUUGGUUUAAAAUUUUACAUAGUUACAAUGAAAGGUUAAAAUAAAAAAUAAAAAGGUUUACAUUGAUCGUGCA